GCACAUCACCUAUGGGGAAUACAAAUGAGCUCCUCCGGCUGGAAUACGAUGGAACAGUAGAUUUGAACCCGGAUUUAUGUGCUAUCUUCCUGUGUGACGGGUGGAGUAGCUGCGUGUGAAGAGCCUCGGUGCUGCUUGAACUCAGAAAGGGCAGAGUGGCAUUUGUAGCAACCGUGCAAUGGCCAGUCCUGAGGAUGUGAUUGAGCCGGUGGCUCAAAGCGCAACAGCUCAAAACCUGGGCAGACGGCGUUUUAUGAAAGACAUCAACGAUCUGACUCCAGACGAGCUAGAUGGGCUCAUGUCCAGCAGUGAUGGCCGUCCUUUCCUUGUGGUGCAUCAUCUUCCUGAGCUAAAGGAGCAGGGUAUACCUUACCUAAUACCUGGCAUUCCUGUUACAUGCAGAGUGGACAACACAGAGAAAUACACUACUCGCUCAAAGGUCCAUGUGGGCACCCUGUACACAGUGCAGCUAACACAUGGCCACUUCCACUGGACAGUGAAGAGGAAGUACAAGCACUUCCAGGAGCUGCAUCGAGACCUUUACAAGCACAAGAUGAUGCUUCACCUGCUGCCUCUGGCAAGAUUUUCAAGGGAGAGGCAGCAGCUGAGAGCCAUGUCGGAGGAAAUGCCCAGCCUGCACGGGACUGAACGGACCAGAAGGACCUCCAGCAAAAUGAAAUACCUCGAGGAGUACCUGAAUGGCCUGCUGGAGAAUUCGUUCUGCAGGAAUGAUCACAGCAUGCUGGAAUUCCUCUCUGUUGGUGCUCUAUCCUUCGUCACCGACCUGGGACCCAAAGGCCUGGAGGGACCAAUCUUCAAGAGGUCAGGGGGCCAUCGGAUCCAAGGCCUGAAUUGCAUUGGCCAUCAUCAGUUCUGUUUCCGCUGGUCACGGCGCUGGUUGGUGGUGAAAGACUCCUUCCUGAUGUACAUGAACCGAGACAACGGCAGGAUCAACUUUGUGCUGCUGUUCGACCCGGAGUUCAAAGUGAAAGUGGGCCGUGCUUACACAGACACCAAAUAUGGAGUCUGCAUCGAGAACUUCACUCGGAGUCUGAUCAUCAAGUGCAGCAGCUACAGACAGGCUCAUUGGUGGAGCCAUGAAAUCAACCGGCUUGCAGAAACCUGCGACUUCCUCAAAGUUCAACGCUUUGAGGGAUUCGCACCACCACGUGAGAACGCACUCACCAAAUGGUAUGUGAAUGGAAAAGGCUACUUUGCAGACCUGGCUGAUGCUCUCGAACAAGCCAGGGAGGAAAUCUUCAUCACAGAUUGGUGGCUCAGCCCUGAAGUGUUCCUAAAGAGACCAGCGACUGAGAAGUACUGGCGCCUGGAUGAGAUACUCAAACGCAAAGCAGAACAAGGAGUCAAAGUGUGCAUUCUGCUGUAUAAAGAAGUAGAGCUGGCACUCGGCAUCAAUAGUGAGCACAGCAAGAGGACGCUUAUGAAUAUGCACCCAAACAUCAAGGUGAUGCGACACCCUGACCAUGUGUCUUCCUUGUUGUUCCUGUGGGCUCAUCAUGAAAAGAUGGUGGCCAUUGACCAAACAGUAGCCUUUGUGGGGGGGAUCGACCUGGCCUUUGGGAGGUGGGAUGACAGUGACUACCGGCUAACUGAUCUGGGUUUGAAUGAGAUGGCCAACAGUGUAACCGAGGAGACACCCAAAGGAGAUACAGUAGACAACGGUGUGGCUGAUGGUCCAAAACUGUCAGAUCCAGACACAGAAGCAGAGUCCGAGUCUGAUAAGCUGACUGGCAACACUAAACUGUGGCUUGGCAAAGACUACAGCAACUUCAUCAGGAAAGACUGGGUCCAACUGGACAAACCGUUUGAAGAUAACAUCGACCGUACUCAAGUUCCUCGCAUGCCGUGGCGUGAUCUGUCUGCAGCCGUUCAUGGCCCUGCUGCCAGAGAUGUAGCCCGCCACUUUAUCCAGCGCUGGAACUUCACCAAGAUCUUCAAAAACAAGUACAAGGACGAGUUCUACCCUUACCUUCUCCCCAAGUCCCACUGCACUGUUGACUCGGUGUCAUACACUGUGCCUGGGUCCACGAAGGCUAAAGUGCAGGUGUUGCGCUCUGCUGAUCGUUGGUCCACCGGAACGUGUGAAAGCUCGAUCCAUAACGCCUACGUCCACACCAUCGAGAACAGCGAGCAUUACAUCUACAUCGAGAACCAGUUCUUCAUCAGCUGCGCUGAUGGAAAGACCGUCUACAAUGGGAUUGGUGAUGCAAUUGUGAAUCGAAUCCUGCGUGCACACAGAGAGCAGAAGAAGUACAGGGUGUUUGUGGUGAUUCCUCUGCUUCCUGGGUUUGAGGGAGACAUCAGUGCAGGAGGUGGAAAUGCCAUCCAAGCCAUUCUGCACUUCACUUACAGGACCAUGUGCCGAGGAGAGCACUCCAUCCUGUCAAGACUCCGUGAACUUGAGGACAAGUGGACAGAAUACAUCACACUCUGCGGUCUCAGAACACACUCUCGGCUCUCCGAGUCACUUGUCACGGAGCUCAUCUAUGUUCACAGCAAGACCCUAAUUGCUGACGACCGCUGCUAUAUCAUUGGAUCAGCCAACAUCAAUGACCGCAGCAUGCUGGGCAGUAGAGACAGCGAGAUGGCAGUGUUUGUGGAAGAUGAAGAGCGGGUACCAUCCGUCAUGGGAGGGGAGGAGUACCAGGCAGGACCUCUCACACUCGCUCUGCGCAAAGAGUGUUUCCGUGUUCUUGUUGGAGCUUCUUCAGACCCCAGUAUCAGUGUUGAUGAUCCAAUCAGCGAUGAGUUCUUCUUCUUGGGCUGGAACGCAGCUGCUAAACUGAAUGCCACCAUUUAUGACAAGGUUUUCAAAUGUCUGCCCUUCGACUCUGUGCACAACAUGCGAGAGCUGAAGGAGUACACUGUCGAGGAACGCCUCUGCGACACCGACCCUGAGCAGGCCAUAGAGGAGCUGAAGGCCGUCCGAGGUCUGCUGGUCUACUUCCCCCUGAAGUUCCUGUGUGAGGAAAACCUGCUGCCUCCACUGGCCACUAAAGAAGGCAUGGCUCCUGUAGGGCUGUGGACAUAACCACACAGAUCAGACCACUACGGAGCAGCUGAAGGGCUCCUGCACCACAUUUCUCCUUCCUGUAGUUCCAGUUCACCCAGUGUUCAGCACAGUGAAAGCCCUGACGCUCCAUUGGUGAGGGAAAGACAUCACUUCAACACAAUUUAUUUGUUACACAUUGAUUGUUUUUAUAUUGUCUUUUUUGACUGACAGUGAGAUAGUCGAAGCAUUGCCACUGAAAUCUAGAUUUUAUGACGACUAUCUGUCAGAACAGUACGCGAACCAGCACAGGCCAGUUUAUUCACAAUAGCAGUCUGCAACACGACAUGAAUGUAUGAGUCAGGAGAGGAUUGCGAUGUUGUAUUGGAAAUCAAGCAUCUCACAUGAUCUGGGAACAUAGUGUACAGUUAUUGGUGCAAGGUUUUUGGGUGGGUGGGUGGCUCUCUCUGUCUCUCUCUCUCACGCUCGCUCUCACUCUCUCCCUCUGAGGCUUCACCUCUCACUGCAGUGCCAGCAAAUCUGUCAGAACAUUGUGGUUGUUAUGGUGACGGGAUAUAAAGAGAUGACUGGAUCAUAGCUGAAAUAAAGACUGGAUGGGGCAGAGAAGGGAGGGUACUGAUAAGAGGGAUAAGUUACUAAAUCAGGAUGUUGUAGGGGGGAGAUAGAAGGUGAUAUGUUGAAAGAGGACUGGCAGUCUUCUUCCUCCGGAAGUCAGUCAUUUUUAAUAGUUUCAGAUAAAUGAUCAGGUGGGAAAAGUGUGGGAGGGAAAGAAAAAGGAGGACAAGAUAAUUCCAGGGUGUUAUGUUGAUUUACCGUUAAUUGUUGCUUUUUUAUUUUUUUUUUAAGUCACCAUGACAACCAAGUGAAUUAUUAUUUGUCAGCGGUCGAGAACAGAACAUUCGACUAUCCACUUGGCUUAGAAAAAGCCGUGUGAAGCAGAGACACUGACUGUUUGACCACUGCAUAUUUCCAUGUGGGCUUUACAAUUCUGUAUCCAGGUGCCAUGAAUGUUUUCCAUGUCUAUACUACGUCGAUGUCCCUUGCGAUUGUACAGACACAUUACAUUCAGCCAUAACACUGUGACUGAUAAGUGAUAUAAUGUGGCUUUUGUUCAUGCUUUAGUUAUCAUAAUCACGUCAUAUCGUGAGCAUAAGAUACAACGAAUCUUAGAUAUAGUUUUGAUAUAAACCCACAUCAGUUACUCUCUUGACACCUGUUAAUUCACCUUCACUGAGCCAUAAGGAACUGAGUGACUACUAUUGAGCAAUCUGAAAAGUUAGACAAAUAGUUAGACAAAUAUGUAGCACAGGUUGUGGAUGUAGACUGGAAACCACUGAUUUGGAAAUAUCAUGUAAUAAUUCAAAGGAGCGUAAAAGAAGAUGCAGCAUUCCUCGUGUUAAACAAAAUGAGUUAUUUUUAUGCAAUAACACAAUAUUCUAAGAUCCUUAGUUAUAAGAGAUGGAUGACUGGAAUGGAGUUUGACCUAGAUUAGGGGAAAUAAUUAAUAAUUUAACCCGGGCUAAAUGAUUUUACUCAAAGCAUUUUUACAUCUUUGAAGGUUUCACACAUUGCACAAGUUUAACAGUGCCUUUGUAAAGCACCGGUGUUGUGCCAAAGCUUUUAGAAAGCAGCCAGCAGAGAAGCAUCAAUAGGCAUCAUGUGAUGCUUCUGGACCUAAUGUUUUAUAUUCUUAGCCUUUCAGAGGGGUUGGCUUUGGAAGGUGCAAGUUGGGGGGAAAAAAAACCUCAUCCCAUCUAUUUUAAAGAGACCUGCAUGUUCAUGGAUUGGCUCAAAUUGUGAUUGAGCCAGUAAAAUUGUACGGACUGCCUCAUAAGUGGUUUUCUUUGGAAACUUGUCUGUGAAUAUGACAGACGAUGAGUGUCCCACAUGAUCACCACCUCGCCCUACAUGCAGCACCUUUUGACGAGGAGCUAGUAAAACCAUCUGUGUUUAGAAAUCAUGCAUUGCUGAAUUCAGAAUGAUCCAGACUUUCCUUUACAGGAUAUUAAAAAAAAACAACACUAUGAGCCCUUGCACACUAGAAGCUGGGAAUACAGCACAAAAUGGUCGCCUUGAAUGAUAUUCUUUGUUUAAAGAUUCUGCUGAAUUGUCAUUGAUGUACUAAGAAGUGACCUUAAACGGUUUCUAUCAUGAAUUUUAUUUUUAUGAGACCACUGAACAGCAUUACUAGUAUAUUUGUAUGUAUAUAUUAUUAAUAUUCUAAUUUCUAAUUUUGUGUUUUUAACUCAUCCCUAUAAUCCCUAACAGUCACCAUGUGAAAGCCUGUGUGUGUGCAGAUCUGUAGAUGUAGGUCAUUAUCUUAAAUUUUCUGAUGUAUAUGUUACUAACACUCAGGGUUAGAGAGAGAUCAUGAAUAUUCUUGCUGAACUGCUUGACAACAGUUCUGAACAACUUGUACUUAAACGCAUGUUACUUCUCUUGUUUCCUCAAUAAACUUGCUUUUUUAAUAGAAUUUCAAAUUAACUUUGGUUUAACAAAGUUUAAUCAGUCUAACUAUCAAACUGUGUAAAACAUGUAGUGUUUCUAUAAGACUACAGUAGAAGUGUAACUGUAAUGCUUUUGGGUAAAUAUAUUUACGUGCAAAGGCAAUUAAAUAUCAAGUAUGAAACUAA